GUGCCUAGCUUCCAUGCCACCCGAAGGAAGCACGAAGAAUGGGGUAGUACAACGUCGCCCAAGCCUAGACAGGAGAAGUCGAGAGGCGGAGGUCGGGUUCGUCAUGCGUCAAAGAACCGGUUGCAGUGUAGUACACGGGAGCCUCAUCUUCAAGAUAAGACGAGAAAUGUACUUCAAUCAUUGCCGCUGAACCUGGGGGUAGAUCAGAAUAACAAUAACACUGAACACCAAUUUAUACCCCUUAUUUUGAAGAAAACUUCUCUGCCACGAGAAUUUACCAAAGCUGAUUCUCAAACAGGGGUUACUGAGCAUAAGUCUUUUAGAAAUCUAAUGUAA